GAAAAUGAUGAAAGGGAGAGAGCAACCAUAAUAGAAAAAUCUUUCAAAACAACAAUUGAAAAAGUAAAAUUGGUCCUGUGGAGUGGAUCUGAUAUGUGCAGUGGAGGGCCUGAUCCUUUAUUCCAUUUUUUUAUGCCAUCAUUUAAGGACACAUAAGGGAGGAUAUCCCAUACAAGACGAAAUACAAUUUAUAUAUAUACACACAAAUUGUGAGCGUGAUUCAGAUAGAGAGAGCUUGCUCUGAUCGGUGAAAAUUUUGUAGUCAUUCUCAAAGGCAGCCUUCAAACGGUGCUUAUCCUCAGCCCACCGUUCAUUCUUCCCUUCCAAACUGCCAUCUCCAUUCAGCUUCCACGCACUACUCAAGAACUGGUUAUACGAACAUGAAUCAACCAAAAAUCAAGCGUAAAGUUGGGAAAUAUGAGCUUGGACGGACUAUUGGUGAGGGUACAUUUGCCAAAGUUAAGUUUGCAAGGAAUUCUGAGACUGGAGAACAUGUUGCUCUCAAGAUUCUUGACAAAGAUAAAGUCCUAAAGCACAAAAUGGCGGAACAGAUCAAGCGGGAAAUUGCUACAAUGAAGUUAAUAACUCAUCCAAAUGUUGUUCAGUUAUAUGAGGUGAUGGGGAGUAAGACCAAAAUUUUCAUUGUGUUGGAAUUUGUUACUGGAGGAGAGCUGUUCGAUAAAAUUGUAAACCAUGGACGGAUGAGGGAAGAUGAUGCAAGGAAAUAUUUCCAGCAACUAAUAAAUGCAGUUGAUUAUUGCCACAGCAGGGGAGUCUACCACCGGGAUCUGAAGCCCGAGAAUUUGCUACUAGACGCAUCUGGGAGACUCAAAGUUUCUGAUUUUGGAUUGAGUGCCCUUUCCCAGCAAAUCCGGGAUGACGGUUUACUUCACACUACCUGUGGAACACCAAAUUAUGUUGCUCCCGAGGUUUUAGAUGAUCAAGGUUACGAUGGGUCGGCUGCAGACUUGUGGUCCUGUGGAGUAAUACUCUUUGUAUUGCUUGCAGGAUAUUUGCCUUUUGAUGAUUCUAAUCUUAUGAACCUAUAUAAAAAGAUUUCUUCAGCUGAAUUUACUUGCCCACCCUGGAUCUCCUUCAGUGCCAUGAAGCUUAUUACUCGAAUUUUGGAUCCGAAUCCCUCAACUCGCAUUACCAUCCCUGAGAUUUUGGAAAAUGAGUGGUUUAAGAAAGACUAUAAACCUGCCGUAUUUUAUGAGAAAGAAGAUGCAAAUGUUGAUGAUGUGGAAGCUGUUUUUAAGGAUGCUACAGAGCAUCAUGUUACAGAGAAAAAGGAACAGCAACCAACUGCCAUGAAUGCAUUUGAGUUGAUUUCUAUGUCAAAAGGGCUCAAUCUUGGAAAUCUCUUUGAUGAAAAGGGGUUCAAGAGGGAAACAAGGUUCACUUCAAAAUGCACAGCGAAUGAGAUAAUCAGUAAGAUCGAAGAAGCGGCAAAACCCCUAGGGUUUGAUGUUAGCAAAAAGAAUUAUAAGAUGCGGCUGGAAAACAUAAAAGCAGGAAGAAAAGGGAAUCUUAAUGUUUCAACCGAGGUAUUUCAAGUUGCCCCUUCUCUUCAUCUUGUUGAGGUGCGAAAGGCAAAAGGAGAUACAUUGGAAUUCCACAAGUUUUACAAGAGUCUUUCAACUUGCCUUGAAGAUGUGGUUUGGAGAACAGAAGAAGACAUGCAAGAAGCAAAGUAGAGUUUGCCACCAUUUCUUUCCAAGCUUUAGGCUUAAUCUUUUGUGUUCUUUUAUUGGUUUUUUGGGGGUCUUUCCUGGGACCUUUUUCUCCCAUGAGAGAGGAUUAGAUUAGUUGUAGCCUGUAGGCAAUGGAAAGUAGUGAUAGGUAUGGAUGUUAAUGUUUAUUGCUUGUAAGCUGUGAAUGUGAUUCAUGCAUUGCUCAAUUGAGAGAGACAGCGCCACCUCCCAAAAACAAACAAAAUAAAUAAAAUGCCAUUUGCUUUAAGAAUCAUUCGUUAGAGUCAACAGCAAC